GGCAUUCGCCACCUCAUUUACUGGAGCUAGGGCUGGAGCCACAGCGGCUGCUCCUCAGAAUCGAGGUGUUCCUCUGGCUGAGCUGUUCCCGUGGCUGCCGCCGCUAACUGUGCUGCGCACAGAGAGCUGUCACCAUGCCCCACUCGUACCCAGCCCUUUCUGCUGGGCAGAAAAAGGAGUUGUCUGACAUCGCCCUUCGGAUUGUGGCCCCAGGCAAAGGCAUUCUGGCUGCUGAUGAAUCUGUAGGCAGCAUGGCCAAGCGGCUGAGCCAAAUUGGGGUGGAAAACACAGAGGAGAAUCGCCGUUUGUACCGCCAGGUUCUGUUCAGUGCUGACGACCGUGUGAAGAAGUGCAUUGGAGGCGUCAUUUUCUUCCAUGAGACACUUUACCAAAAAGAUGAUAAUGGUGUCCCCUUCAUGCGUACCAUCCAGGAUAAAGGCAUUGUUGUGGGCAUCAAGGUUGACAAGGGUGUAGUGCCUUUAGCUGGGACUGAUGGAGAAAGCACCACUCAAGGUCUGGAUGGGCUCUCGGAACGCUGUGCCCAGUACAAGAAGGAUGGCGCUGACUUCGCCAAGUGGCGCUGUGUGCUGAAAAUCAGCGAGCGCACACCCUCAGCACUUGCCAUUGUGGAGAAUGCCAAUGUGCUGGCCCGCUAUGCCAGCAUCUGCCAGCAGAAUGGCAUUGUGCCUAUAGUGGAACCUGAAAUCCUUCCUGAUGGGGAUCAUGACCUCAAACGUUGCCAGUAUGUUACAGAGAAGGUCCUGGCUGCUGUGUACAAGGCCCUGAGUGACCAUCAUGUGUACCUGGAGGGGACCCUGCUCAAGCCCAACAUGGUGACCCCUGGCCAUGCCUGUCCCAUUAAGUAUAGCCCGGAGGAGAUUGCCAUGGCAACUGUCACUGCUCUGCGUCGUACUGUGCCCCCAGCUGUUCCAGGAGUGACCUUCCUGUCUGGAGGUCAGAGUGAAGAGGAAGCAUCUCUCAACCUCAAUGCCAUCAACCGAUGUCCCCUUCCCAGGCCCUGGGCCCUCACCUUCUCCUAUGGGCGUGCCCUGCAAGCCUCUGCACUCAAUGCCUGGCGAGGGCAACGGGACAAUGCCGGGGCUGCCACUGAGGAGUUCAUCAAGCGGGCUGAGGUGAAUGGGCUUGCCGCCCAGGGCAAGUAUGAAGGCACUGGAGAGGAUGGUGGAGCUGCAGCACAGUCCCUCUACAUUGCCAACCAUGCCUACUGAGUACCCAUCCCACACAACCAUUGGCCUGGCCACCUGCACCCAGUUUUGCUUGUAGUGAUAGCCAUUCAGAGCAGAGAUGCCUCUCUCUAGCCAAUACUGAAUCCUUUUCUCCCUUGCCCUCUCCCAUUGCUACCUGAGACCAUUGGAUAAAAGGAUGACUGAGGGCAGGAGACUUUGCUUGAAGUCAGAGUAGUAUGUCAGAAUCUUCCCUCUGCCUCUGCCAGCACCCACAACUUCCCCAUUGGUCUUCCCUUGCUUGUGCUCUCUCCUGGAAUCACAGGGUAGGACACUAGACCUGACUCAUGCUAGAGUACAUACCACAUAACAAAUAAAUGUAG